UGCCACUCUUGCCAUAGGUGCACCAUUCAUGGCCUGGAUGUGGCGAAUUACGCUCCAUUUUCAAGCAGCAAUGGCUGCGCGACACAUCGUCUUUGUGCGCCACGGCCUGUCCAAAAUGAACGUCGCGCUCGGAAGACAGCCCUGGGGCAGUCCCAACUUCGUCGACCCGGAUAUUCGAGACGCGCCAUUGGAACCCUCGGGCCUCGCGGGCGCGCGCGCGCUGCGCGAACCGCUCGCGCGAGACGCGGCGGACGUCGAGCUCGUCGUGUCGUCGCCGCUGACGCGAGCGCUCGCGACGGCGGACGCGGCGUUCGACGACGCCCUGAGUCGCGGCGUGCCCGCGUUGGCGCUGCCGCUCGCAGCAGAACGCUGCUACAUGAGUUCGGAUGUCGGGACGCCCGUAUCAGUGCUACGGGACGGCGUCGGCAAGCGCUUCGCGUUCCGCGACGACGAAUUUCCGGAGGACAACUGGUGGUACGGCGCGCUCGCAAAUAGUGACGCCUACGCGCCGCCGCCCGCCGACGACUGGCGCCCGCCGGGCACGUACUGCUCGGCGGGCGAGCCGCUCGACGCCUUCCGCGCGCGCAUGGCGGCGCUCACGGCCUGGCUGGAGGCGCGGGACGAGGCCGUGAUCGGGGUGACGUGCCACUGGGGUGUACUCUCGGCGCUCACGGGCUCGAGCUUCGAGAACAACGAGGUGCGGCGGAUACCUUUGUCGGAGCUCCGCGUGCGGACGGACGUCGAGUACUGAAGUCGCGGCGGCGGCGUGCUCAGUACGCCCUCGCCGCGGCGCACCAUCAUUAUGCGGACGGAAUUCGCAGCGACGGCGUAUGAUCAUCAUGUGGGUGUGUAACAUAAUAGUAACUUUAGAG